UAUCCUUCUGCAUUUAGCAGGCCCUGCCUGGUUUUCUCACUUUUUCAGAAAGAUGCUUUAAUCAAGAAAAUAAGACUUUGCCAUUCUUCUGGACGACUAUAAAGCCCUUACCCUCAAUAAUUUCGUGUCCACCACACGCCUCAACAUUUUCUGUUUUCUUUAUUCUGAAUUCGAUGUUUUUACGUAGCCUUUUGGUGUAAAUUUUAAUCUUUCCUAUCAUGCAAUUCAAUUCUGCUGGAGAUCCAGAAAAGCGCUGCUACUACCGGCUACUUCCUGAUUCAGAGACAGGAAAUGAAGAAACACCGCCCACGGAGGCUUCACCCCUUGUGCCUCGAAACGAGAAGCGGAGAAAGUGUGGUAGAAAGGCUCGUUUCAAUAAAUAUGCGCUUGCAGCUGCCAUUUUGGCCUCCACAAACUCUAUUCUGUUGGGUUAUGAUAUUGGGGUAAUGAGUGGCGCAGUGCUUUACAUCAGGGACAAUUUGAAGAUCACAUCAACCCAAGUUGAGAUCUUGGUGGGUUCCCUAAAUUUAUGUUCAUUGGUGGGUUCACUUGCCGCCGGCAAGACUUCUGAUUGUAUAGGGAGGCGAUACACCGUUGUUCUAGCAGCAACAGCAUUCCUGAUAGGUGCAUUGCUGAUGGGAUUUGCACCAUCUUUCUCCUUCCUUAUGGCUGGAAGAUUAGUGGCCGGCAUCGGAGUUGGCUACUCUCUCAUGAUUGCUCCAGUUUAUACGGCGGAGAUAUCUCCCUCCUCAACAAGAGGUUUCCUCUCUUCCCUCCCGGAGGUCUUCAUCACCAUCGGAAUUCUACUAGGUUACAUCUCCAACUAUGCUUUAUCAAGCCUUCCGGAAAAUAUAAACUGGAGACUCAUGCUCGGGCUGGCGGCAUUGCCUUCAAUUGUUGUUGCUUUGGGUGUGAUGGCGAUGCCAGAGUCCCCUCCAUGGCUCAUCAUGAAAGGCCGGUUUGGGGAAGCAAAACAGGUCCUGAUGAAAACUUCAAACUCGGAAGAGGAAGCUGAAUUCAGACUAAGUGAAAUGAUGAAAACUGUUGAACCUGCAUCUUCUUCAAAGAAUUGGCAAGGUCAAGAAGUUUGGAAAGAGUUAUUGCUAAGGCCUUCUAGACCCCUUCGGAGGAUUCUCAUCGCCGCCAUCGGAGUUAACUUCUUCAUGCAAGCUUCCGGGAACGACGCUGUCGUUUAUUACAGCCCGGAAGUCUUCAGGGAUGCCGGAAUUAACAGCAGAAAGCAGCUUGUAGCUGUUACAGUGAUCAUGGGAAUUGCCAAGGCUUCCUUUGUUCUUGUAUCGGCAUUUUACUCUGACAAAUUCGGCAGGCGGCCUUUAUUACUCUUGGGCUCUGGUGGGAUGGCCAUUUCUUCAGCCUUACUGGGCUUUGGCACAAAGUAUCUUGGGAGGUCAAAUGGUACUCCAGAAUGGGCUAUUGCUUUGUGUGUGGUAGCUGUUUGCGCUGAUGUUUCGUUCUUUUCGAUCGGGCUUGGGCCCAUUACAUGGGUCUACUCAUCAGAGAUUUUUCCGACGAGGUUUCGGGCCCAAGGUUCAAGCCUAGUGAUUUCGGUCAACCGGUUGGUGAGUGGGAUAGUGGCUAUGACAUUUCUAAGCAUAUCAAGGGAGAUAACAUUUGGAGGAAUGUUCUUUGUACUUUCAGGAAUUUUGGUAGUGGGUACAAUUUUCUUCUAUUUCUUUCUACCUGAAACAAAAGGCAAAAGCUUGGAAGAGAUUCAGUUACUCUUUGAAGACAACAUCGAUUGAAAUCAGAGAGGAAAUUGCUAGUAAAGAGAUGGAUUUAUUAGGAAAGGUUCUUAUUUUUAAGUUAGGGAUACAAGAAAAUAAAAUUUACUCUUUGAAUUGGAAUGUUGUUGUUCUGCAUAUAUUAAUACAUUUGCAUGACAUGCCUGGAAAGAUGUUCAAAUUUAAAUGAUUUUAUAUUUUCAUGUAUUAUGACAGACCAUUCGGACUUCGAUAGGGAUGUCACUAAUGUCCAUCAACUACAGUCAAAUGAGAGAUUUCCGAUGGUAAUAAACAAGGCCAUUACAGAACGUUUGUGA